AUGUUAGGAGUCCAUCAUUCCUCUUUAGCAAUAAUCCAUUUUGGAAAAAUAGCACGCAAGCACAAUCUCACUGGAGUUUGCCUUGAUUCUCUGAACAGGAUUCAUACAAUUCCAGCUGUUCCAAUAGUUGAUUGUUUUCAAAAAAUUCGACAACAAUUAAAAUGUUAUCUUCAAAUGGGAAGUACGAUGACACGGACAGAGCUACAAGAUCUGUGUCUCCAAGGUUUGGAUGUAAUUGAGAACACAAAUCUGAAAUACUUUACAAAAGAAAUGACAGCCGAAUUAUAUGCUCUGAAAGGCAUAUUUUUGGCUCAGCUCAACCGAUCCGAGGAUGCUAACAAAGCUUUUUCUGCGGCUGUUCAAAUGACUGACACACUUGUAAAGGCAUGGGCCCAAUGGGGCGAUUAUUUGGAUGCUAUUUUCAGCCGAGACAAACAAAUCCAACAAGGAGUAUUUGCCAUAACUUGUUACCUACAUGCAUGCAGACAUCAAAAUGAAAGCCGAUCACGAAAGUUUCUAGCCAAGGUACUUUGGCUGCUUACUUAUGAUGAUGAAAAGAGCACACUUGCUGAAGCUGUAGAUAAAUAUUCAAAUGGUGUGCCACCUGUACAGUGGUUACCUUGGAUACCACAAUUGCUGACAUGUCUAGUUAGAAACGAAGGCCGUUUGAUUCUGAACCUGCUUUCUCAGGUCGGCAGAAUGUAUCCACAAGCUGUUUAUUUCCCUAUCAGAACACUUUAUCUAACAUUGAAGAUUGAACAAAGAGAAAGAUUCAAAAACGACAUGAAUGCAAUGAUCCAAGGCAGUAACAGCAGUCCUCAAGUGACCCUGAAUUUAUCAAAUGCAAAUGUCGGUGGAUCAAACUCUGCUGCUUCAACACCUUUAUCGCAAGUUACAAGCCCCAACACACCAAGAACCCCAGCAACUCCAGAUUCAGAUUUUGUAAGCACAAUUCAACAGGCGAGUGUCUCCCCUGCUGGCCAACAACAAGCACCUACGACAACACAGCAUGGAGAAAGUGGUCCCAUUAGGGCAACAGCCCCUAUGUGGCGAUGUAGUAAGAUUAUGCAUAUGCAAAGGGAGAUACAUCCUACGAUCCUCUCUUCUUUGGAAGGCAUUGUCGACCAGAUGGUAUGGUUCCGUGAAAAUUGGUAUGAGGAGGUUUUACGACAAUUACAUCAGGGAUUAGCAAAGUGUAAUGCGGUUGCGUUUGAAAAUCGUGGAGCAGUUGCGGAAACCACAAUCACACCUCAUACAUUGAAUUUUGUCAAAAAACUCGUUAGUACAUUUGGUGUUGGGAUUGAAAAUGUCUCCAGUGUUGCUCAGACGUUCUCAAGUGCUGCAUCAGAGUCUCUUGCCAAACGGGCUCAGGCCACAUCCCAAGAUCCUGUCUUUCAAAAAGUCAAAAGUCAGUUUACAACAGAUUUUGAUUUCAGUGUCCCAGGGUCUACAAAGCUCCAUAAUCUAAUUAACAAAAUGAAGAAAUGGACUAAAAUACUUGAAGCAAGGACAAAAACAUUACCAAAGUCUUUCUUGAUUGAAGAGAAAUGUCGUUUCUUGAGUAACUUCUCUAUCAACACUGCUGAAGUUGAAUUGCCUGGAGAAUUUUUGCUCCCAAAGUGUGGCCAUUACUAUGUCCGAAUUGCUCGGUUUAUGCCCAGAGUAGAGAUUGUUAAAAAACAUAAUACUGCUGCUCGACGACUCUAUAUAAGAGGGCAUAAUGGAAAGGUCUAUCCUUACCUUGUAGUCAAUGAUGGUAUUUUGACGGAAUCAUGCCGUGAAGAGAGGGUUUUACAAUUACUGAGGAUGUUAAAUUUAUUCCUCACUAAACAAAAGACCUCAUAUAUAUUUUGUGAUUUUUUUUCCCUCUUUCUCUGUCUCUCUCUCUCUCUCUUUUCUCUGUCUCUUCUCUCUCUCUCUCUCUCUCUCUCUCUCUCUCUCUCUUUCUCUCUCUCUCUUUCUCUCUCUCCUCUCUUUCUCUCUCUCUCUCUCUCUCUCCUCUCUCUCUCUCUCCUCUCUCUCUCUCUCUCUCUCUCUCUCUCUCUCUCUCUCUCUCUCUCUCUCUCUCUCUUUCUCUCUCUCUCUCUGUCUCUCCUCUCUCUCUCUCUCUCCUCUCUCUCUCUCUCUCCUCUCUCUCUCUCUGUCUCUCUCUCUCUCUGUCUCCUCUCUCUCUCUGUCUCCUCUCUCUCUCUGUCUCCUCUCUCUCUCUGUCUCCUCUCUCUCUCUCUGUCUCCUCUCUCUCUCUCUGUCUCUCUCUCUCUCUGUCUCUCUCUCUCUCUCCUCUCUCUCUCUGUCUCCCUCUCUCUCUGUCUCCUCUCUCUCUCUGUCUCCUCUCUCUCUGUCUCCCCUCUCUCUCUGUCUCCUCUCUCUCUCUCUCUCCCUCUCUCUCUCUCUCUCUCUCCUCUCUCUCUCUCUCUCUCUGUCUCUCUCUCUCUGUCUCUCCUCUCUCUCUCUCUCUCUCUCUCUCUCUCUGUCUCUCUCUCUCUCUCUCUCUCUCUCUCUGUCUCCUCUCUCUCUCUCUCUCUCUCCUCUCUCUCUCUCUCUCUCUCCUCUCUCUCUCUCUCUCUGUCAUUUCUUCUCUUUACCUACUUACAAAACCACUACUUUCAUUUUUGA